CGGAAAAUGGCCGCGAAACAAGCACAGACACUAUCGCGUUCCUCAUUGUAAAUUAGAUUUCGCUGGUUUUGAAGAUUGAUUCAUCGCAACAUCUCGGACUAGAUGUAGCCUUAAUGACAUGAAUCCUGAAAACAAAUAAUUAGAUUUGAUAAGGGACGCAGAACUGAAUAAUUUGCAACAUUUAUAGCGUGUUGAUAAGGAAGCGGACAGGUGUCUUCAAGCCUUGAGAGGAUAAUUCGCCAAAAUGAGGGUGAACGGCCUCGUCCCAGCUCGAUUUCUGACGAUCAUUGCACAUAUGGUCAUCGUCAUAGUAAUAUUAUGGUCACGAGAGGAUAAUGUUAAGCAAUGCCUCCCCUUGGAUUACACAGUAGAUGAAUACAACACAAAGGACACAGAAAUGAUUAUUGGACUAUCUGUGACACUGGGUCUAUUUGUCAUAGAACUUAUCGGCUUCAUUGGUGGUAUCUCCAUGUUUAUGCCAUUCCAAAGUCUACUUUCUAUAAGUGCUCACUGUGGGGCGUGUGUGUCGCUGUCUUACUUCCUGUUUUGGUCUUGGCCAUGCUAUAGGUAUUGGUACGUGUUUGCUUUCUGCAGUGCGUUGCCCACAGUGACGGAGAUCAUCACCAUGAUCGGCAUUGGUUUCUGUAGGCGUGGGUUAUAGCAUUCUCAUCAAUUAGGAAACCAAAUUUAUCAUCAUCAUAACAUUAUGCAUUGAUAACAUCAGGAUAUUUUUCUCCACAAAUUGUGAUUGUCUGCUAGAAAUUAUACGACCUGAAUAAGAAUUGAAGUUACUUUAUACAACUGUAAUUACAGUAAAAAAAAUAUAGCCAAUUUUCUGUAACUGAGUUACCUCCCUUCAACGUUAUUGUCUCCUUGACAACAUACCAGCUACAGCAGCUCAUGCCUCUGGUGCGGUGACUCUCAGUAUUCUUUCUCUUCCAAUUAUGGUCAUGUGACUAUUACUGGUACGUGUUCGCGUUCUGUGUGGCUCUGCCAGCCGUUGGAGAAAUCAUAACAAUGAUUGGAGUCGCAUUCUUUAGGAAGGGCAUAUCGUGAAGAAUAACACUACAGUUCGAGGUCUCUGCAGUCAGUAUUUUGGAGAGUGUCCUGAAGAUGAUGGAAAAUGACCAGAGUCCAUGAGGUUAACAUGUAUACAUGUACAAGAUUUGUCAUCAUGCAUGAAAAAUUAUGUCAUCAAAUUAUUUUAUCUAAUUGACAAUUUUUUUUUUAGUGAGUGAUUUGUUAAUUUCAAAGGUGAAAGUUGGCCAUAAAUAAAUGUUGGUUAAUAUUCACAAAGAAUAACUGACAAUGUAACAAUAUCACUCAAUUGCUAACGAAAGCACUUAAUAUCUGUUAACUUAUUCUUUUUCUCAUGAUGUGUAUGAAAUCUGAUUAUUUCUAUAAACACUUAGACUAGUAAAGAAAAUGACAAUUAUUGAUGUUAAUUAAAAAAUCUGAUGUUGUCCAACACCCAUAGUCUGUCUAUACACACAGGUUAUGGGCGUGACAGAUUUUGCCCAAUAUGACAAUAUGGUCUAGACCUACACAAGUAAAUAGCUUACUCUAUUGGAAAAUGUCCUGUAUAUCUCGUACAGAAGGGUUAUUGGCAGAGGAGUUUUUAGUUUGAACUAUCAGUAUUGUAAGCUGCCAAAGUUUGCAUUUAGACAGGAACAACAGCCACAUCAGUAAAUUAAUAGUCAUAUUAUUUAUCUACGGUAAAAUCUUUGUCCAGUUUCAUGAAAGUAAGUGCCUGCAAGUAUCUACACCAAAUCACAUGAGUCUAGAUGUCUAUAAUAAUUUACUGUAACAAGCAUUGCAUACAUUUGCUAUAAAAUAUACUCUGUAGGUUAAUUUAUUAUAAUAUUGAAUGUCUUUCUCUGCAGCUCGGAUGUGGUGACUAAAGGCUGAUGCUAGCAUUGUAAUAUUAACAUACUGUGAAUUGUUGUAGUAUCUUAUUUUGUGUAAUAGAUUUGAUAGUAAGAGAGGAUUAUAGAGAGCUUGUUAUGAAGAUUAGGUGAGAAAUAUAAUAUCAUAUACAUUUAUAAUAUAUAAAUUUUAUAUAUAUGUAUGCAGGUGUGCAUGGUUGUGAUUUUUAGAAUACAAUUUAAAUAUAUGUACACUUGUAUAUACUGCCGUCCAUAUUUUCAUGCAUCAUUGAUGAUAGAUAGCAUGACUUCCUUGAACAACUACUAUGCAAAUGGUAUGAUAAACUGUAGAUGGAAUCAUUUUGUUAAAUAAGAAUUGAAAUUUGUAAUAGUUACAUAUAAUUCAGAUCCUAGAUAUCCAAAGGCUUUGAUUUGCAUACGUUCUCGGCAACCUUGGGAUAUGUUAUGGCUAAGUCACAGACUCAGUAUAAGGUUCCAGACACGAAAGUCUUAUUGCUGAGUAAUACAAUGUACUGUCACGUGAAUAAACACCAAACCUAAGGUGGCAAUCUUUAUUUUUAUGCUGCCUUAUGGUUGAUUAAAUCACAGGUAUGCUGCAUUGUUCCACAUGGUUGAUUUAAUCACAGGUAUGCAUGGUUCCACAUGGUUGAUUAGAUAACAGGUAUGCAUUGUUCCAUAAAUAAGUCUUGACAAGCGAACUUCUGAAAAGUUGCACACUUCACAUUUGUUUCUGUCUCGGCAUAUGCUAAGUUAGAAGAGAGGAUAGUUGUACAUGCAUAUCAAGUUGAAACAAUUUCAAUAUGAAAAUUUUUCAUAAUUAUAAAUGUUCCAUUUUGUAUGUUUUGUCAUGCAAAUAUUUUUUUCUUGGGGAAAAAGAAGCAUAUUUUGGAAUAAAAACUGAAAGUUCUAAAUGUUAUUGUACUGGAUUGGCAAAUUGAAAGAUUGGGCUAUGAAUUGGACUGUGUCCAAUCAGAAGUUUUAUCUACAGUGUUACAUGUAUUGGCAGUACUUAAAAUUGUAUAGUUAUUGAAUUUGACUGUAUUUUUUAAUAAAAACUAGAUACACCAG